GGCUUCCUUCCCCAGGGCGAGUUGGUCGGGGGCGAAGAACCGUUCAAAAUCAGGGCUCAAGAUGACGACCAGCCGGGGACUGUGAACACGAAGAUCACCUACCAUGUCGAGUGGGUUCGCAAGGUCGGAGGAACAGAGGACCUCGCUUUGUUCAGAGCUGUCAACAAGAAUGAGACUUGGUCGGAUGGCAGCAUUUCAUACUAUUGCCAGCUGAUGGCUACACAGGACUUAACCUGGCGAAGGGGAUCAUAUGAGAUACUCUUGGUGGCCGAGGACAGCGGAGAACCGAAACUUAAUGGCAGCAGAGUACUCGACAUCGAGAUCCUAGAUUCGAACGACCACGCUCCAGAGUUCUUGUUCUAUGGGUGCCUCGCCGAGAAACUGCAAAUCAAAAUGGAAGAGAAUAAAUACGAAGCCGGAGAUAAAGUUCUAUGCUCCACAGAAGAAGACGUGAGGCCACUGCAGAUCAUCGUGGUAGACGAAGACAUAGGCGAGAACAGGGACUUUACCUGUGAGAUUGACUACGAAAAGUCAACUGCCGUGGCUGUAAACGGUGUUGAUCAGCUUCAUGAAUUUGAGCUCAAACGGGAAUCCGAUGAGUGUGUCUUGUAUGUGAAAUCGGUCAUUGACAGAGAAUCAGGCCGACGAUACAAUCUUUCUCUACACGUGAAGGACAUGGGGACACCGCCGCUCGAAUCCUGGCAGUAUUUGGAGGUCAUUGUCACCGACGCCUUCGAAGCCCCGCCCUACUUCUGCCUCAAUGAUGACAAGUGCACGCAGACCAUCUACAUGAAAGAAAAUGAGCCCGACGUGACAGCCAUCUUCAUGGAGGGAACAGACACAGACAAUAUUGAUUUUGACCCGAAUGAUGCUGGAACCUAUCAAGAAGUUUAUUACGACAUUGUGGGAGGGAGUACCAGUUUCUUCCAGCUGGGGGGCACCGAUCGGACGAACAACAGCAUCCAGCUCAAGAACCUUCCCCAGGGGCUCGACCGCGAGGACGUGCCCGAGUACCAACUCUACAUCGACGUCACCAACGACGUCGCCACGCAGCCGCCCAUCUCCGAGAUGAUCCCCAGGAACUACACUCUUUAUUUGACAAUCAAAGUCCAGGAUAUGAACGAUAACUCGCCAGAAUUCGAGAAAGCGAUCACCAUUGCGAGCUUUACGCAGAAUGAUGAAAAGGGCAAAAGAAUUGCUGUAAUUCAGGCCACCGACGUCGACCUGAACGAAACCAUUACCUACGGCCUCGGGGAAUUCACCUGGAUUGACACGGAUGGAACGGCGUCGACUGAUGAGCCAUUCAAAUUAGAGAACGGUGCAGACUUGAUUCUUAAUUUUAAGCCGACAGGAUUGAACAGUGGAUACUGCACUUUCCCUAUAAAUGCAUACGACAAAGAUGGCAAGACAAACUCCACAACAGCAAAGGUGUAUGUCAUCACAAAUGCCUUCCAGCUUCCAGUCGUUUUCAAUAACGAUAUUAGUCUGGUAUCAGAGAAAACAGAGGAUAUCGAAGAAAUAUUCACGUCGGUGUACCAAUACUCGUGUGUUGUGGACAGCACGACAACCCAGACCUCCGACACGGGCGAGGCGGUGGAGGGGAAGACCGUGGUGUACAUGCACUUCAUUGACGACACGCACAACGAACCCGUCCCCAAGGAUGCCAUUAUUCAGCAGACGACGGACGUGGAGGUCAUCAAAGAACUCCGAAGGAAGUUGAAUGAGAUUAACCUCAACUUGAACUCCGUCGGAGAUGAACAGAUCGUUAGCGAAACCAACGACAUGCUCUUGCUACAGGUGCUUUUGGGUGUAGUAUCCUUAGUGCUGGGAUCGCUAGUAAUCCUCCUCCUCAUAGCAUACUGCAUCAGAACACGAAGCCUCGAGCGCCAGGUUAAGGUGCUGUCGACUAACACCUUCGGGUCCAAGGAGUCGGACUUGAACAGGGCUGGAAUGGACAUGGAGGUCGUCCCGGGCAGCAACAUGUUUAAGGGAGAAGGAGCGAAUCCCAUGUACAACAUGAGUGAGGAUGAACUAAGGAAUGAUGACACGAGCAGUAUUGGAAGUGGAGAUUCCGUCCUGGUGGGCGUGGAAGACAAUCCUGAAUUCAAGAACUACAUCAACCGCCGCGCCGACGCCCCGGCUCCGUUCGAGAGCGCAUCGGGCGCGCGGUCCAUCGACCAGGUCUCGGCGCCCGCUGCCUUCGCCGGAACGAGCAGAACCAACCCGCUGCUCGACAUGGACGGAGUGGAAGACCGUGACCUUUCGGAAGCGCUGAGGGACUUCGAGGUGACCAUCCGCCGAUCGUCCUGCGAAUCGGAUGGGUCUUUUGGCCACGAUAACCCCAACUUCACCUUCGGGAAAUGAGGCCCACGCUCCCGCUCCUCCGUCGGGACAUUGUGAGGAAUAUACGGUGCUUCCUCUUUGAUUCGUGUAUAUGU